AUUUUACUGAUAAGUGUCUACCUUAAAUUAAUGGUGACUGCUACUCAAAUUCGUUAAUUAAUCUACUGUGUGUUCAGUAAAAUAGAUUUAAGGUAUUAUAAUAUUGUAAAAACAGCGACAAUAUCGAGAUAUUGUUAUAAAGUAAUUAACGCACAGCUUAUAAAAUAUAAUAUUAAAUUAUUAACUCUAAACUCCAUUAUAAUAAUUAACAAUUAUUAUGAGCAAGUUUAAAGUAACGUCGGAUUUUGUAGUCAACGCGCUGUGCACAGUGACUAUUGGUGCCGGUGUUAUCGAAUAUUGUUCUAAUAUAAUCUUAAAUGAUUUAUAUGUAAAAUAUUUUAAAGAAGCAAACAAAAAUAAUAUGCCAGUUGCAUUAAGUGAAUCUCUUCGAAAAAAAUAUGACAAUGUGAUUCAUGAUUUAAAGUUGACAGAUUUUCAAAAAGCUUUUGUAAUACCAUUUACAGCUAAAGGCAUUGAUCCAAUAAAUGUUGGUUGUUUGAAUACCCGCAUGGGUAGUUAUAUAGGAAUUCCAAGUAUUUAUGAUCUGAACUCAACAGAUGAUGUUUCAAUUCUAAAUGCUGCAGAUUUAAAUUUACAAGAACAAUAUACAAAACUUAUUAACGACAAGUCUGAGUUUGGUCAACAAUUUGUGAAGUCAUUGGUCCUCAGUGAACCUGCUAAAAAAUAUAGUAUUGCUCGAGAAUUGAUGCUUACAGACAAUCACCGAAUAUUCAUUAAAUCUAUUAUACCUUCUGUAGUAUUAAUACCAAUGUAUGCUUUGGGACAUUUCAUGUAUUACAGAUUACCUCAAAACCCAGUCAGAGUUAAAUCGUUAGCCCUUGUUUUAGUAAGUAACAUAGGAGUAUUAAUAUGGGUUUUAAUACGAACUACAACUGAAAAAUUUUAUCAAAAAAAAGCUGAUGAGAAAUUAUGUAAUAUCAGUGAAGAAUACAUUAAAGGCGGAAUAGAGUAUUAUGAAAUAUUAAUUCAAAGAAAUCUAGCUUUAAGAAACAUUUUACCUAAUGGUGAAAACAUGUAUUCAAAAGAAGGAGAUCAUAUUGAAUUUAUUUCAGAAUUAUCUGAAUUACCCUUAACAUACAGAAAAAGGUAUCUUGAAAAUAAAUUAAAAAAUUACAUAAAUGAAAAUAAAGUAACAUCAACAUAAUGUGAUUAAA